AUGCAUUCGAAAUUAGCGACUCGGUAUGCAUCUCUAAUCGAUCAUGCGUGCUCCGAUGACGAUCAUAAUAUGACGUGUCGUUAUGUUGCUUUAACAAUUCUAGUAUACAAAACAAUUUUCACUAUUUUAAAUGAAAAUGAUGCUCGUCUUUAUGAACCGUUCGUCAGUAGAAUAUAUAUGAAUUUGAACGAUGAUGACAAAGUGCUUGUUCAUCGAAUGUGGGUUAAUGCUUGCCAUAUUAUUGGUAUUCAAGUACCGACUGUAGCUGCUGAUCAUAUUGAGCAAUUUCUUGAUUAUACAUUCAAGAAGAAAGAUACGAGUCGUGUAGGUGUAUUAUUGUUAGGUCAUCGCAUAUGGCGUAAUGUAUAUCAAAUGAGUGGUGUUGAUUCAUUAUUUGACAAGUCUACAGCUGCGAUUCAUCAAUCAUUAUGUUUACUUGUUUUGGUUACACCGAAAUAUAUGAGAUCUAUUGAUUGCCAACGUGAAUUAUCAUUAGCUAAUACACUUCAUAAACCUAUACUGCCAUUACUACUAGAUGAAAUACAUAUACGGCCGCCUGCCGAUCUCGUUUUAUCAUUAUUUCUUGAAAAAUCAUAUAUUGACUUUCGACAUUCAAAUGUACAUGGCCGAUGGACAGAAAAACAGUUUCAUUUGUUACUAUCUCAGCUUCAACAACUGACACCAAAUGUACAAACGAAUAAGCCUCGACAUUUACUUGAAAUGCGAAAGCCAACGUCUGCUUCUCGGCAUAAUGGUCAUAUUGAUCAACGACCGAGACGAAUUUUUAGUGCACCAAUUAUCCCUAGAAGUCAAGCAUGCUCUCUGAUGUAG